UUUGAAAUUCAGAGAAAAGAAAGAAAAGUGCCCAUCAGAAUCGAAGGUGUGACGUCAAAAUGCAAAAAGAAAUGAGUGAGCGAAAGUGCUAUCCGUAUCAUAUGGACCAUCUCCCAGAUAGUUUUCAACAAAGGGCUUUGAAAGAGUUCAACGAAACACCAGAAACAAGACAAGUGGAGCUGAAAAAACUUAAAGAUUUAUUGUCAGCUGACAAAUUCGCGGCUCAUAUCGAAUUCGAGGAGGAUUUCCUGCAGCUGUUUUUAAGGUACAGAAAAUACGACUCUUCAAAGGCUUUUCAAGCUGUGCGGAAUUUCCUCAGCUUCCGAAACACUUACAGUAGCAUAUUCCAGACCAUCCCAGAUGUGCAUUUCAAAGAUAAUCCUUCCACCAGGUUUACUACUGUGCUCCCGUACAGGUGUCCCGAUGGAUGCGCAGUUGUUCUCCAUGAACUGAGAAAAUGGAACCCUAAUGAACUUUCAUUAGAGCAUUUCAAAACAAUAGUUUUGUCUUCAUUUCUCCUACCACUUCGAUGCCCAAUGACACAAAUCAGUGGAUUUAAAAUUAUUUACGACUUUAAGGAUACAAACAAGCGUUUUAGAUACUGCACUCCACAGAAUAUUAAUAUAUAUUACAACGCUGCUUUUAAUUGCGUUCCUGGACGUUACAAAGAAAUCCAUUGCGUUAAUAAAUCUGUGAUUCUGACGGCUGUGUGGGCCGUGCUGAAACCUUUUCUAUCGGAAAAGAUGAGGAAAAGAAUAUUCUUCCAUUCCAACCCUGAGGAUCUAUUGAAUUACUUUCCCAGCUCCACAAUUCCUACUCAAUACGGAGGAAGCCUGGACAACCACCACGAUUCAGAACUUAUGCAGAAGCUGAACGAAGAAUUUGAAAAUUAUCCGCAUGGAGGAUUGCCAAAUUAUUUUUAAUUUUUAAUUCAAUUAUUGUUUGAGUGUUAACUCCAAUUUGUUGUGUAUCAAAUGAAAAAAAUUGCUGUAUAUAACCAUUUAUUCAUAAGUUCAGUAUAUAUGAUCCUGUAAAGUAUAAUAUUUUUAAAUUUUCAUAAACUUGAAAAAUUAAGGUGAUAACAAUCUCUAAUACAAUUCUCUAAAAGUCUUUUGUUCAACUUAAAUUGUUUCAUGUUUCUAAAGAUGAUACCUGUAAUUGAAUUAUUAAUUGCAU